UUCUUGGUCAGAAAGGAGUUGCCUCGUAAAGCAGAGAGGGGGAGACCCGGUUCAUCUGGAGGAUAACCUUGUCGCCUUCCACCGCAUCGUACGCGUAGCGAACGACGUAUAUCCUCCUCACGGUGUCGUUCGUGGAAGACAUUGUCUCGUAGUAAUGAAACAUAACGAGCUGCAUAUAAAGUAUCUGCUGGUGUAAGGUUGUCAGCGAAUGAAUCCCGUUGCGGCAAAGGAGUGCUGAAGUGCAACGAGGGCUCGUAGGAUAGGAAGGUCAUCGCCCCAAGGUUUCAGCGGUGCACGCAAUCAUGUCUUCCAGCAGCGACGCCGUCAUGGUUCUUCUAGCUUUCAUCUCUAUAUCUACCUUCAGCUCUGCUCAAGAACAACAGUUUCAGAGGGACAACGGGGUCUUCUUCUCGGGUCUUCCAAGACUACCUCCUGGCAUUAAUGCGAUACCUGGCCGACGCAUAACAGCGCCGAAUUUCUCUAAAUUUGCGAAUCAAUUCAGUACAUCAAAGCCAGAUUUAAAUAAAGAAACAACUCCGUUUGACUUCAAGUUUAACUCGGAGAGGCCUGAUGGUCGGCUGGUAACAUUUAAGACAACUGCCACGACGAGAAGGUUCUUUACCACAACCAAAGCUCCGACAACAGUGUCAAACACUACGGAGAGUUCAGCAACACCUCGUUCACCACCGAAGACACUUCCAACUUCAACUCUACGAAGUUUAUCUCCAACAACGCCACGUCCAACUUUGAGAACCACGACUGUACAAACAACUACAGCGAGGCCUACUCCGCUAAGAACAAGGGCGUCAAUAACGGUACGACCCACAACGCCGCGCCUGGUAAUAAAAUCGUUUACAACGUUGAGGCCUCCACCGACUCGAACAGAGUUAAGGUCAUCCACACUUACGGUUCCAGCUUUCGUCACAAGACCCCUCGUCAGAAUUACAACAACGACACCAAAGCCUCGUAUAGCAUCAUCCACAGCCCAAAGACCCGUGCAAGGUGCAGCUCAGCUUCCGAGACUCACUUUCGUAGACACGAGAAAAGGAUCAAGCCCUUCAACUACAGUAACAAAAAGAUUAACGACAAGAAUACCGGCACCCACAACAGUGUUGGCUCCGAAAACUACACCGCGGACGUCGCAAGUGUCUACUACACCGCAACCGAGAACUGGCCUCAGAGUAUGCGACCCCAUCACAUGCAACCAGAGCUGCCGGGAGAAAUUCGGAAAGCUUCUCACAUCUGCCACCUGUCAACAGAGCGACUGCAGGUGUGAGUUUACCGAGGAGUGCAGCCUCCAAAUGUGUCAGAGGCUCUGCAGAGAAAACAACCCGGGUAGGGUCAUCAUCAACACAUCGUGCACGCACAACAAUUGUGAAUGUACACUUAAACCAGUGUGCCGGCCCAGCGAAUGUAGCGACACCUGCAGGAGAACAUUCGGCUCCCUCUUCAUCGAUGCUGAGUGUGUUGACGACAGUGCGUGCAAAUGUUCUCAUCAUUGAUCAAUGGCGCAAGCAGAAAGUCUGAAGGACUUGCGCAAUACCGUUACCAGAACAUGUUGCUGCUUCAAGACUGUUGUCGGAAAUACCACUUGUGCUUUGGUACGAAGACUACGGACAGAGAGACACCUGAUCUCGUUUUUCUUUUCUUCCUUUCUUUUUUUAUUUUUUUGAGUACACGUGCACGCGCUGCCUGAGUCUACGGGGGGCAAUUGAUCCUCCUGAGCCCGCCUGAAGGGGCGCGAGAGAGGCACCCUUCGGACAGUAAGAAACCGCUUUAGACCGACAGGAAGAGGGGCAGUAAAUCAAGAAUAAGUGGGAGAGGGACGACAAGUACACGCCGGCCCUGCGUCUACAUACAGGUUCAAUACUCGACCGAUUUCUCGUUACACACACAAAACAACACAAGAACGCAGAACGUUCAAUGCCACAUGAGGUUUUGGUCAAUAAAAUAUGUAUCUCACUU